GGCCGCCGCCUGGCAGCAGACGCGGUGCGGGCAGCCGGCGGGGACCGGGCAGCAGAGGCCCCGCGCCUGGAACGGACGCGUGAGGACCGAGCGAGCCGGGCCAGGGGAGACGCCGGCGCCCGGGAUCCCCUGCACGCCUUGCCGCGCCUCUCCAGCUCCGCUGCCCGCGCGUGGGGCGAGUCCCGGAGGCCGCGGUGGGCUGGGCGGCGGGGCCGGGCGGGAGGACCGUCUGAGGCCGGGCCGGGGCUUUCCGGCACCUUUCCGGGUACAUUUCCAGCGCGCAAAGUGUUCGGCUCCUGUUUCUGCCCCUUGGAUUUCGCUCUCGCGUGUGGGCGUCUAAAAGGAAACCAGAAGGGGGCUCAAGCACAUAAAGCAUUCACUGAGGAGAAAAGAACAUUUUGAGAUAAGCGAUAGAGGAAAAGCCAGUACAGACGUGCAUCCUCCUAUGUGUGUUUCAUUGCACUGCCUCUUUUAACUCUGCUUAGUAAUGAAGCCACCAUUAUGUCCUCAGUCAGUGAAGUAAAUGUCGAUAUCAAAGAUUUCCUCAUGAGCAUCAAUUUGGAGCAAUACCUCUUGCGUUUCCGCGAAUUUGGCUUCAACAACGUGAAGGACUGUGCGGCGAUAAAUGACAGCGUGCUGCUCAAAGUUGGCAUAUCACCCACGGGACACCGGAGGCGGAUACUUAAACAGUUACAGAUAGUCUUGUCAAAAAUGCAAGAUAUCCCAGUAUAUGCAAAUGUCCAUAAAACAAAGAAGAAUGAUGAGAUUCCAAAGGACCACCCUGCUCCAUCUUCUGAUCAGAACACCUGCAUAGAGCUUUCAGAUUCCCCUAGUGUUCAGACAUCUAGCCCAGUGCAGUUGGAGACUGUUACAAACACUCUUGAUCCAGAUGAGGCUAGUGUGGGAAAUAGCCAGCCUCUUAAAUCAGAGGAUAAGCUGACUCUUCCUAAACACAACUUCCCCAUUCCAGAAGAAGAACCACACCUGAAUUCAGAUUCUUUAUUUGGUAGCAAAAUUACUAAAAUAGAAUCUUUGAUUGCAAAAGGGACUCUAGACUGUACAACUGAAGAAGAACAAACAGAAAAAGUUGAUUUGAGCUCAGAGAAUGUGAGCAGGCUUCCUAAUGCGGACCCUGAACUCAUUUCUGCCCCUGGCUGCUCAGUAUCAGAAGCAAAUGCUGGAAAUGGGACGAAUGGUGUAUUAGACAGACCACCACCAUCCCCAUUCUUUCAGUUUCAAGGAGAAAUGGUUGUCAAUGAGUUGUAUGUUCCAUCCUCACCAGCCCUGACACCUAUGAGAAGUCGUAGCAAGCUGGUUUCAAGACCAUCUCGAUCGUUUAUGCUAAGACAUCGGCCUGUACCAGAGAUUCCAGGAUCAACAAAAGGAAUGUCAGGGAGCUAUUUCCGUGAGAGAAGAAAUGUUGCUACCUCAACUGGAAGAUCUGUGACACAGCAAAAUUCAAAUGAGGAGAAUUCAUCUUUCAUUUUACCUUAUGGAGAGACCUUUCUCUUCCAGAGACUAGAAAAUUCCAAGAAGAAAUCUAUAAGGAAUGAAUUUUGGACUCAUGAAGAAACACUCAAAAGGGAAACAACUACUGAAAGAAACUCAUUUUUUGUCAAAUCAAGCAUAUAUGAUAACAGGACGGAGAAUAUAAGUGAAGACAAGGUGGAAGAUAUUUGGAUACCUCGAGAGGACAAAAGCAAACUUCCUGUAGACUCUGCUUCAGAAUCAGAAUAUUCAACAGUAGAAGAAUGCUUUCAGAGUUUAAGAAGAAAAAACUCAAAGCCAUCUAAAUCUAGGACUCAAAAAGCAUCGAAUUUGGACCCUGUUAAUAGGCACAGUUAUCCUCUAAGCUCAACAAGUGGAAAUACUGACUCAUCAAUCAUUUCCUCAAAUGUGAUAUCUCCCUAUGCCUGUUUUUACGGCUCAUCUGCAAGGAAGGUUAAAUCAGGAUGGCUCGACAAACUCUGUCCCCAAGGAAAACGCAUGUUUCAGAAAAGAUGGGUGAAAUUUGACGGCCUUAGCAUUUCUUAUUACAAUAACGAUAAGGAGAAGUAUUCAAAAGGAAUAAUUCCCCUUUCUGCUAUAUCUACAGUACGAGUUCAAGGCGACAACAAAUUUGAAGUUGUUACAACACAAAGAACUUUUGUUUUUAGAGUAGAAAAAGAAGAGGAGAGAAAUGACUGGAUCAGCCUACUGUUAAAUGCCCUGAAAUUACAGUCCCUUUCCUCCCAGUCUCCAGCAGUUGCUGCGCCUGAGAAAUGUGGAUAUCUUGAACUGAGAGGCUAUAAAGCUAAAAUUUUUACUGUAUUAAGUGGAAACAGCGUGUGGCUUUGCAAAAACGAACAGGAUUUUAAGAGUGGACUUGGUAUUACCAUAAUUCCUAUGAAUGUAGCAAAUGUAAAGCAAGUGGACCGAACCGUGAAACAGUCUUUUGAAAUAAUCACUCCCUACAGGAGUUUUAGCUUUACAGCCGAGUCUGAAAAAGAGAAACAAGAGUGGAUUGAAGCUGUGCAGCAAUCGAUAGCAGAAACUCUCUCUGAUUAUGAAGUAGCCGAGAAGAUUUGGUUCAAUGAGUCCAACAGGAGCUGUGCAGAUUGUAAAGCCCCAGAUCCCGACUGGGCGUCCAUCAAUCUCUGUGUUGUCAUCUGUAAGAAAUGUGCAGGGCAACACAGAUCUUUAGGACCAAAAGAUUCCAAGGUUAGGAGUCUGAAAAUGGAUGCCAGCAUUUGGAGCAACGAACUCAUUGAGCUUUUUAUUGUCAUUGGAAACAAAAGAGCAAAUGACUUUUGGGCUGGUAAUCUUCAGAAAGAUGAAGAAUUACACAUGGACUCACCAGUAGAAAAGAGAAAAACCUUUAUCACUCAGAAGUACAAAGAAGGAAGAUUCAGAAAAACAUUUUUGGCAUCUCUCACCAAAGAAGAAUUAAAUAAGGCUCUGUGUGCUGCUGUGGUCAAACCAGAUGUUCUGGAAACAAUGGCUUUGCUGUUCAGUGGAGCAGAUGUCAUGUGUGCAACAGGUGACCCUGAGUACAGCACUCCCUAUCUGCUGGCCAAGAAGGCGGGGCAGAGUCUGCAGAUGGAAUUUCUCUAUCAUAACAAAUUCUCAGAUUUCCCUCAACAUGACAUUCAUUCCGAAGGUGGAUUAAAUCAGGAAUCCUCCCAGUCCACGUUCCUCUGUGACUUUUUAUAUCAGGCCCCUGCUGCUGCUUCUAAACUCUCUUCAGAGAAAAAACUGCUUGAAGAGAUAAAUAAAAAGUGGUGUGUUUUAGAAGGAGGCUUCUUGAGUUACUAUGAAAAUGAUAAAUCUACCACACCCAAUGGCACCAUUAAUAUCAAUGAAGUUAUCUGCCUUGCUGUACACAAAGAAGACUUCUGUUUGAAUACUGGGCCCAUCUUUACCUUUGAGAUCUAUUUACCCUCAGAACGUGCAUUUUUAUUUGGAGCUGAAACAUCUCAAGCUCAAAGAAAAUGGACAGAGGCAAUAGCCAAGCAUUUUAUUCCCUUUGUUGCUGAAAACUUAACAGAAGCUGACUAUGAUUUGAUUGGUCAACUCUACUACAAAGACUGCCAUGCGCUGGAUCAGUGGAGAAAAGGCUGGUUUGCUCUGGACAAAUCUAGUUUGCGUUUUUGUCUUCAAGAAGGUCAGGAAGACAGAAUGCACUUGAGAAGACUGCAAGAGCUCACAAUCAGCACAAUGGUUCAAAAUGGGGAAAAAAUGGAUGUCUUGCUCUUGGUAGAAAAAGGGAGAACAUUAUACAUCCGCGGGCAUACCAAGUUGGAUUUCACAGUCUGGCAUACUGCAAUUGAAAAAGCAGCAGGUACAGAUGGUCGUGCGUUACAAGAUCAGCAGCUCAGCAAAAAUGACGUCCCCAUUAUCGUGAACAGCUGUAUAGCGUUUGUUACACAGUAUGGUUUAGGGUGCAAAUAUAUCUAUCAGAAGAAUGGAGACCCUUUGCACAUAAGUGAACUCCUCGAGAGUUUCAAAAAGGAUGCAAGAAGCUUUAAAUUGAGGGCUGGAAAACAUCAGCUGGAGGAUGUGACGGGCGUGUUGAAAAGUUUUCUCUCCGACAUUGACGAUGCGCUUCUCACCAAGGAGCUCUAUCCCUACUGGAUCUCUGCCUUGGACACCCAAGAUGACAAGGAAAGAAUUAAAAAGUACGGAGCAUUUAUACGCACUCUCCCGGGGGUCAACCAAGCAACGCUGGCGGCUGUAAUUGAGCACCUGUACAGGGUUCAGAAAUGCUCAGAAAUCAAUCACAUGGAUGCCCAUAAUUUGGCCUUGGUCUUUUCCUCCUGUUUGUUUCAAACUAAGGGACAAACUAGUGAAGAAGUGAAUGUAAUUGAGGACUUAAUUAACAAUUAUGUUGAAAUAUUUGAGGUUACAGAAGACCAAGUCAAACAAAUGGACGUAGAAAAUAGCUUUAUUACCAAGUGGAAAGACACUCAAGUUUCCCAGGCUGGAGAUUUGUUAAUUGAAGUGUACGUAGAAAGGAAGGAGCCUGACUGCAGUAUUAUAAUUCGAAUAUCUCCCGUGAUGGAAGCAGAAGAAUUAACUAGUGACAUAUUAGCAAUAAAAAAUAUAAUUCCUACGAAAGAUGAUCUCUGGGCCACAUUUGAAGUGAUAGAAAAUGAAGAGCUAGAGCGCCCUCUUCACUACACAGAAAAUGUGUUGGAACAGGUUCUUCGGUGGAGUUCGUUAGCUGAACCUGGCUCUGCUUAUCUUGUGGUGAAGAGAUUCUUAACCAUUGACACAAUUAAACAGUAUAAUGAGAGGAAGGGCCUGGAAAGUAUCAAAGAGGGAUUCUUGAAAAUCAAAGAAGAACCAUCUAAAAUACUGUCUGGAAAUAAGUUUCAAGACCGGUAUUUUGUUUUACGAGAUGGAUAUCUCUUUCUUUACAAGGAUCUGAAGAGCAGUAAACCUGACAAAAUGUUUUCUCUCAGUUCAAUGAAGUUUUAUCUUGGAGUGAAAAAGAAAAUGAAGCCUCCAACAAGUUGGGGAUUGACAGCGUAUUCUGAAAAGCAUCACUGGCACCUGUGUUGUGAUAGUUCACAAACUCAGAUGGAGUGGAUGGCCAAUGUCUUUAUUGCCCAGCAUGAAAAUGAUAUAUGGCCACCAGCUGGAAAGGAGCGAAAACGUUCUAUCACCAAAAAUCCCAAAAUCGGAGGUUUGCCUCUAAUUCCCAUCCAGCACGAGAGGAAUGCAACCCAAGCCCGGAGAAAUAUUGAGAGUGCAAGAGCAGAACUCGAAAGGCUGCGGAUCGGUGCAAAGUGUGUUCAGGAGCCUGGGGACAGCACCUUGAAGGGGAGAGCUUCCCUUGUGGCCCAGUGCCUGGAGCACAAGGACGAUAAACUUCGAAGUCGAACCAGAAAACAUCGGAGUUUCAACUGUCUGGAGGACACAGAGGCUGAGGUCCUCCAAGGGCAACCAAAAGGCCAUAAAGGGCUAAAGACAUUGAGGAAGACCGAGGACAGGAAUGGCAAAGCUACUUUGGACACUAAUAAUAAGUUACCAUCCAAGGUCAUUGAGGAGCUGAGCGUGGUUCUGCAGCGGUCAAGACCCCUUCCAAAAGAGUUACAGGGGGAGCAGGUCGUGCAGAAAGAAAUAAAAUGACUUAUAUUGCAAAUUAUUAUUUUUUUUAAAUAUCGUGUACAAUGUUUGCAAACCGGAAACCAAACUAUAAGAUAAUUCCUGGUUGGUGAGAUCGGUCUAGCUAUCCUUAACCAUUUAAAGAGCAUUUUAAGCUAUAUAUGUAUAUAUGUGAUAAGUGUAAGAUUAACCAUUUUUUGGUCUGAACAAAGCUUGUACAGUUCAGCUGUAUUAAUAAACCUUGUGUAGGAAGGCAUUGGGUUACUUUGAGUGGCCAGCCUUUUGCAGUACAGUUGACCCUUGAACAACAGGGGAUGGGGGUUGGCGGGUUAAUCUGUGUAUAAUUUAUAGUUGGCCCUCCUAUCCAAAAUCCCUCUGCAUUUGUGGAUUCGACAAAUUGCAGAUGGUGUAGUACUAUAGUAUUUACUGUUGAAAAGUAUCCACGUAUUAGUGGACCUGUGCAGUUCAAACCUGUAUUGUUCAAGGGUCAACUGCAGCUGUCUGUUAAGUGGUGUAAUUUAUGAGCAGAAAUUGCAAACUGUACUGUAUUGUAUAAAAUGUGGUGUUUAAAUGACGCCUAUGAAACUAUAUGUAACACAUUUUGCACUUUGAGAAACAUUGUAAAUAAAAUUGCUGUAUGUCUUUAGGUUUACAUAGGGUCCGCCUUAGGGAACAGUCAGGGAAGGAAGUUGAAAAGCAGGUACGGUUGGUUUUAGCGGCUGCCUGUCAAACAACACUAGGGUUUUUUAAAAGAGGCAGAGAGUUAACAAAUGUCCUAAAAGUCAAGGAGGCUGUUGAGAUUCAUUCUAGUUCAGUGUUGACUGGAACUUGUUCAUGAGAAAGAGUUCCUUACUAUGGUUUUGGUACGCGCAACAUUCAUCAUCACAGGGUUUUAUUGUUUUUGUUUGUUUUUUGUUGUUGUUAUUGUUUUACUUUGUAUGUUCAUUUCUUAUUAUUUUAAGUAAGGUUGUAAUGUCUUUUCUGCAAUGCCAGAAUUUACUGGACGUGUACAACAUGUGGCCAUUUUUGAGUUGGGGUUAACUUUUAAUCUAGUCUGGGUUUUUUUUGUUGUCGUCGUUUUUGGGGGAGGGGGGGGUUGGUUUUUUUUUUUUAAUAAAGCAGCAGUCUCCUCCCUGUGCUUAAUGAUAAGACAAAGCCCUCUAUUUUUGUUUCCACAUAAAGAGCAGCUACUGAGUUGGUUAUUUUCCUCAGACAGACAAUACUACCUAAUUAUAGUUCACAUUAAGGGCAUCACUUUUCAUCAGUUUCUUUAGAAUUUUAUUAGGUCUGGUGAGUUUUGAUUAACAUUAUUUUAUGUAGCCAAGCUUUACUCCUCCCAUUUCUUUUUGCCCCCUCUGUCAUUCAGGUGUCUUAUCUGAAUUUGUCUUUGUUCAAAAGCCCACACUUCAGUCAGUCCAAUCAUAGUACAGUAAUGUGCUGUUAAAUGCUAUGAGUUGCUUCAUUGUAAAAUACUGAUCACUUGUAUUUGGUGGUGAUAAGACAGUUUACCACGGGUUUGUGACAUCUAUUCUUUAAAUCCACAUAGAUUGGAAUUUUUUUAAAGAAAGAAACUGCUGGUCAGUUUAUAAAAUAGGUGGCAUUAUUGGGCAGCCUUCCUUUGAAGCAAGAAAUCAUACUAUUUAAUGAAAAAAAUCUAAAACUAUUUAUGUUUUAUGAAAUAAGCAGACAUGAAAAUUAUGUUUGACAGUGUUGGACAACAGGAAAGUAUCUGGAUAUUUUUACCUGCCUUAUCUGAAUACUUUUGAAACUUGAGCUUAAAAUCUGAUAACUUUGGUUUCCCAUCCAUUCCUGUACAACUGUCUCCAUUUUUCAAGUGUAAGAUAAGGGCUAAUGAUGACAUCUCACAUAUUUUGAGUAAAAAUUAAAAUUGUUUUACAAGUCCACUUGAAUGUGUGACUGUUUUUCAAAAUAACCACCUUCAACUUUUGAAGACAGAGAAAUAAGUCAAAUAGAUUGCCUUUCCUGUUUUCCUUUUUUAAAAAUCUGAAUUUAACAUAUACUUCAAGCUAGCUGUCAUUUUUUCAAGCACAUCAGUAUGAAUAUUAUUCCUUUUAAAAUGAUGAAUAUAUGCAAACAUGACACAAACAAAUUGAUGGUACUCAUUCACUUCUAAAGCCCUAAAGUUACUUACUAGACAUGGCUUUUAAAUAUUUGAUUUCUAAACAAAGCAUUAACUAAUGAUUUAUCAAAGUGGCACUGAAAAUUCAAAACUAAGCAAAAGUAAUUGAAGUAAAAAUAUGUCUGCAUAACUAAAUUAGCUGCCAAUUUGCAUUGUUCAUUGGGCAAUUUUUAAUCCUAAACUACACAAACUGUAUUAGGAAAGAAAUAUUUUUGAAAAUACAUCAAAUUUAUUUGGACAGAUUGUAGUAUUCAUAUAUUUGUGUGUUUUCUCAAACUUCUGAUAAUCACUCUGGGGAGAUGAUGAAAACAUUCAUCAUCUCAUCAAAAUUUACACCAAGACUUUCAUAUUAUUCACGCAACAAAAGACAGAAUUAGUUUCAUGUGAACAAUAUCCUGUUGUGUGUACAUCAUCACGUUUAUCUCUAAUCAUUUGGAAAUACAGAGCAUAGAAAGGAGUCCUGUGGGUAACUAAAAUUCAUCUGCUUUACAUCCCAUAGUUAUUAUUUUUAACAAGUUUUUGUUGAAAAUGUUCUAAAUUAUGUUGUAUAUCCCUAUAUUCUCUGCCAUGACUGCUAUAUGUUGAAUAUAAAGGU